GAUGCAACUUCCGACUCACGCGUCUUCCGUGCUCCAGCAACAAUCGCUUGGUUGCGACUCGACCACAACGACCCAUUGCAACGUCCACAUCACCGAAUCUGGGUUGACAAACUCGUAGAUGAUCAAUACUACUGUUUGCAGUUGUGCUUGAUUUUCCCGUGUCGCAGCGCGAUGGACAACAAGCGAAAGGCCGGGAGCUCCACCGGAGUCGGCCCCUCUGAUGGCGACGAGCGCGCUCCCAAGCGCCGCAGGGCACCCGGGCCGCCAUCCGAUUACGAUCUUCAACAAGAGGAAAGCUACGAGUCAACCACCGCUUACGGCCUGCAGUUUCUUGAAACCAUCCGCAGAACCAGAGACAAAAACGGUCGGCUCGUUGCCAAGUACUUUGAGAAUCUCCUUCCCCGCGAGGGCAACGAGGAAUAUUACAGGCGCAUCCGCAUGCCCAUUUCUCUGAAAAUCAUCGAGCGAAAACUGCACAACCAGGAUUUCAAAAACAUGACUGAGUUGGAGAGCUACUUCAAGCGCAUGGUGACAAAUGCGAAGGAGUUCUACCCCAAGAACUCGGAAAUCUUUGAAGAUGCCGAGCGCGUCCGGAAGGCGCUUAGCAAUUACAUGACCAAGACCAACCCCGCUUAUAAGAAGAUCCCGGGCUUCAGUUGCCAAGCUGCGCCAAUCCCCGAAACUGCGGACGCCGAGCUAGAUGAAGCCUCCGCCGACCAUGGCGGCCAGGACGCAGGUCAGGAAGAGGACGCCGAAGGAGAUGACGAUGCUCAAGGUGACGCCGAAGAUGCCGAGGGCGAAGAAGUUGACGACGAUGGUGACGAGGAAGACGACACUCCCAAAAAGAUCGUGCUCAAACGGAGAGGACCCGGACGCCCGUCCAGAGGUAGUUCUGAACCAGCCAGAAAGCUAGGCCCGGGCGGCAGAGCCAAGUCAGACCACGAGUAUGCCGGCGUGCCAUACAAAGGACUCAAUUUCCAACAAGCGCAGGAGAAGAUUGUUGAGGAAUUGAUCCGCAAGCCAGACGAACACGGUGACCCGUACUUCCUGGAUUUCAUCAACCUUCCAGCGCGCUCGAACAAGGAGUACUUUUCUGUCAUAACCUCACCUCUGUCCUUGAAGGGAUUGCAGAAGCUCGUCAGGGGCAUUCACGGCCGCCAACCUGCGACCGGAAUCAGCGAUUUUAAGAAUUGGGCAUCUUUCGAGGACAAGGCUAGCCUUCUCUGGAAUAACGCUCACUUCUUCAACGAGGAGGGGAGCCUAAUUUAUAACUUGGCAACAGAAUUGAAGGAAACCUUCGAGAAAGAACUCACCGAAGCAAAGGCUGUGGUUCAAGAGCCACCCCAGCCUACCAAAAUCAAGGUCAAAAUGACUCCCGGCCAAGAGACCCCCGUGACCGGAGCUAAGAAGAUCACGAUCCACGUUGCGGGUUCCAGAGGCAGUGCGGGAGCUUCGCCAGCGCCGCAAACUGGCCAGUCCAGCGACUCGGGACGUCCUGGCAACGCCGCGGAUAUCAACCGCAAUGGUGUGCCACCCAGAGCGACCGUAGCCAAUGCCGGCUCUCAGCCCGACACUCUCACAGCCCCAUCCACAUCCGGCGUGCAGCCCAGCCCAUCUGUGUCUGGCGCUAUGCCCGGGAUGGUAACUCAACAAUCACCGGUGUCACUGCCGCGAUCAAACGGCAUGAUGCCAAACUUGACAAAUGUCCCGAACGGGGUCUCACCGCCUGCUCAAGGUUUACAGCAGGCUUCUUCCGUCCCCCAGCAGCCGAAUGGCCAUCCCGUAGCCGCAGCCGCAGCACCUCCGCCCCCGCCUUUGUAUGAUAACAAAUACCGCGCUCCGGGUAGGGGUCUCCCCGAUGCUCUCCUGCCGAGCGUCUUGAUACGGACGCAUCCAGGCAUAGCCAUCGACCGCAGGUUCAGGCUAGAGAUUCCGGCUCACCCGAAGGAGGCACAGCAGAACAUUUCUGUGCAUCUGCCGGGUAUCCACAACCGACUCCAGCUUAUUCCCCGGCUGGCAUCCUUCGAGCAACAGGGCCGUCCAUAUCGAUUGUUUGUCACCCUCAAUAACCAAACAUUGGGGCGCUCGACUCCGCUGCCCAUCCCCGACGACCCUCUGCCGCUCAAUGCCCUGGUCUUCGACGUUCCCUUGCAGCAGGGAACAAACAUCAUCAAUGUAGCGGUGAUCGCUGCCCUUCCCAAAGGACAGAAGUUGUUCAACGGGGCAGAGUGUGAGCUAGAGAGGAUGACAAUCAACGCCCAUCUUAUGAAGGCAUACUAAUCAAAUAUCGGGAGUCUGGAGGUCUGUCUUCGAGCGAAGGGAGGGGAUCCUUACUGGAGUCACGGCGGGAUGGGCGGGAUGGGCGGGAUGUGUUUACUCUCUGUCUAGGCUUUCACCCCGGCUAGGGUGGCCAUGGAAUCAUGAUCGUGGAGUUCUGGGAUUGGGAAGGGUGCUUUUUACGCCCGCAUACAUGCGCAAGCAGCAGUCUUUGUGUCUUUUGUGAGCAAUACGUGUAGGGACAAAGGCGAGAAGAGCCUAUCAAUUACCCUUGGCAUUCGCCCCUUGUACUGUUGAAGGGCAUCAUGGGCGUCGGUUUGAUGAGAGUGGGACGGUUAUGGGGCCUAUCUCCUUCCACCUCCUGCUGGAUUUCUUUGUGCCGAUUUCCCUUUCCGUCAAGCCCUUUGUUGUAGCUUAGACCGGUCAUGUAGGUAGCUCUCCCUGAGGGUUCGGAAAUAUUACACAGUUGCGAGAA